ACGGACUGUAGAUGUUUGAAGUGAAAUUAUGUGACUAUUAAUACUUGUCGCUACCGAGACUUGUCCAUUGGACUUUCACGAUGAAGGGAGUGCUGCUUGUUCUUUGUGUGCUCGGUUUACUCGGUUCAGCGUUAAGCCAGUGUGACGAGCACCUUGCCACGCCCCUUGUAGCUCGUUGCCUGGACAUGAUGACGACCUGGGCACGAGCCAGAACAGCCCGACAGCUGCAGAGAGGAUGCAGCGGGGCCUAUGCUUAUGUAGCGUGUAUGGAGACGUACAUCUUGGAGUGCAGGGAGCAGUUCUCGAGUCCAGCCAAAACGAUAGAGUUGCUGGGAAAAAUGAGGGGUCAGAGACUGAGAAUUGAUACAUUCUGUCAUCGUAGGCUUGCAUCGUGUAAACGAUAAACACCACCUUGAUCGAUGUUACCGGUCUCAUCCGUCUGAUGGAAAACCGCUAUGUUGUCUGUACAAUAUACAACGAUCCGUGUUCUUUCAUUCAAUAUUAAACCUCUUCUUAUGCA